CCACUAAUCUAUCCUUCCCAGAAUCUAAAAUCCAAUUCUGCACACUCUUCCAAUAUCUCUUUCUCUUUUUUCUUUACUGUAAGAAAACCAAGAAAUCAAUUAGAGGAAAAAUGUCUCUUACAAUACCUGCCAAUCUCUCAAAACCUAUGUUGAAGCCAAAGCUUGGCUCUCCAUUGAAUCCAUCAAAGUUAUCUUCUUCAUCAAGAGCCACAGUUGUAUGCUCUGCUGCUCAAACCCCAGAGAAAGACUCCUCUAAAUCACCACUCCAAGCUUUCUCGGCUGCGCUUGCUCUCUCUUCCAUCCUCUUAUCCGCCCCACUCCCCGCCGUUGCUGACAUCUCCGGACUCACCCCGUGCAAAGAAUCCAAGCAGUUCGCUAAACGUGAAAAGCAACAAAUCAAGAAGCUGGAAAGUUCUCUAAAACUGUAUGCUCCUGAUAGUGCACCUGCUUUGGCAAUCAAGGCUACGGUAGAGAAGACGAAACGUAGAUUCGACAACUAUGGGAAGCAGGGAUUGCUAUGUGGGGCUGAUGGGCUUCCUCAUUUGAUUGUGAGCGGCGACCAGAGACACUGGGGUGAGUUUAUCACUCCAGGGAUCCUGUUCUUGUACAUUGCAGGGUGGAUUGGGUGGGUUGGCAGGAGUUAUUUGAUUGCUAUAAGAGGUGAGAAGAAGCCUGCAAUGAAGGAGAUCAUCAUCGAUGUUCCUUUGGCUACUAGUUUGAUUUUCAGAGGAUUUUCUUGGCCUGUCUCUGCUUAUAGAGAGUUUGUUAAUGGUGAACUCGUGGUCAAGGAUGUUUAACUCUGUCUAUUUUAAGAGUAAGACCUCAGGGGCCAAAGGGCUAUGAAGAGCACUUCGUUGCUUUUGGAGAGAGUUGAUGAGUGGUGAGAGAUUUCAUGGAAGAUUUGUCUUAUUUUAUUUGUAAACAUUUACAUUAUGUGUAACUAAUGCUUGUGUUGAACGCCAGAAAUUGAUUGCCA